AGAAAAGAGUUGUGAGGAGUAGAGAUGUUGUAUUUUACGAGCACGAGAUGGGUUUUCAUCUCUUAGGGGCUGGUAAUACUUAUUAUCCUGAUUUAUCUCAUGGUGUUAUUGAUAUGCCUCAUGUUUCUGUUCCAGAUGUUCAACAAACAGGUGAUGCUCCCGAUGAUGGUCAUGAAAAUACUCAUGAACAUGACCGUAUUGAAGAAGUACAACCAGAGAUUGUGCCACAACCUGAUGAUGAAGCUGUUGAAAUUGAAAGUGGAGAGUUUUCUAAUCAGGGGGGAGCAAAACAGCCCACAGGUGGAAGAGCCAACAUUAAGAAGAAUAGAGAGAGGAAAGGUGCUGGUGCAGAAUUUACAGACCAGCCGCACAAACCUGCUACUGGCUUCCUGCUACUGGCUUAAGGAAACUAUAUAUUAUAGUUUCCUUAGUUUCUGCUACUGGCUGAAAUUUUCAGAGCCUUUUAGCAUGCAUAAAUCGCAAAUAAUCAAGCCCAGGAGGAGACCGUAUGACCAAACUCUGGAGUGACAAGGGGCAGGAGGCCCGAGAUUUAUGUCAUGCGUGCAUCAGCGAAAAAAGACCAUUCGUAGACCACAAGUGAGAUCCGCAACAAAGGGAACCACAACAAUUGAGAUGCAUGCAUGGCGGUUCGCAACAAAGGAAUCAGGACCAUUGAGAUGCAUGGGGGUCCGGCAAUUUUGGCAACGACUUCGGUGGAUUGCGGUGGACAGCGGUUACCAAUGGUGAUUUUUGGCGGCCCACCAAUUAUAUGGAGCUUUGCAAGAUCGUCCGAUCAUCGAUGGUGGCAGUUGGAAAUCUCGUGACCCAGGCGCUAGCUCAAUAAUUAUCUACGCCGGUCAGGGGUAAAGUGAUGACCAAUAGCAAUCAGCUGUUAACAAUUAGGCAACUAGUAGCGGCGUAGGAUCUAUGAAAUCAGCAACCAUCCUGCAAGCUUUAGAAUAUAAGUCUGGUGACUACAAGAUUUGUAGGGUGUUGGGAGGUCAGAGGUCACAUGCGGCGGUAAUCCUGGCUACAUGCAAUGGUGUUUUCUAGUGUUUUGGAGCAGCGACGGGUAGGCGACCAGCGGUGGUAAAUCAACGAUCCAUGGCGGG